GAUGCAAAAAAAUUAAAAUGUUGCUUUGCGUUUCGAUGCCGUCCUUGUUCAAGUUCCGUGUCCAAACAGGUUCAAGGUUCAUAAGAAUUACACGUGAUAUAUCAAUUGAACUUGGUCGCUGCAAGGACGUUAUAUACUGGUCAAUGUCUUUGGUCACUGUCAGAGCCAAGGAGAGAAAACUUACGUCUGUUUUAGGCUCGAAGUUGAAGUCUUCUGCCCAAGGAUGCCUGACUUAAGAGGAAAGGUAACCAUUAUCACAGGUGCUAGUUCAGGUAUCGGGAGGGGGACAGCUGUGGAAUUUGCCCAGCUGGGAGCGCACCUGGCUCUGACUGGGAGGAACCAGGAAAACCUGCAGGCCACAGCAAAGGCCUGUGUGGAGGCAGGGACUCCGCAAGACAAGAUUCUGCUUGUGACAGGAGACAUCUGUGAUGAACAAGUGCAGAAAAACCUGGUGGAACAAACUGUGCAGAAGUUUGGCAGGAUAGAUGUCUUGGUGAACAACGCCGGCAUCGGAGGUCCCGUUACCAUAGAGACGAUUGACAUGGCGACCUACGACAGAAUCAUGAACGUCAACGUUCGAAGUGUGGUGACCUUGACUCAGCUGUGCAUCCCACAUCUCGCAAAAACUCAAGGGACCAUUGUGAAUGUGUCGAGCGGGAACGGGUUAAGACCGUAUCCGGGAAGUCUUGCAUACAACAUGAGCAAGUCAGCAGUGGACCAGUUCACACGAUGUGUUGCACUCGAACUAGCCUCCAAGCAAAUCAGGGUCAAUUCUGUCAACCCUGGUAUAAUUCCGACGGAGAUUUUCAAACGAGCAGGAAGGACUGAAGAGGAAUGUGCCAAGCUUCUGGAACAUUCCAAGUCGGCCCACGCCCUGGGGAGGAACGGGGAAGUGACAGAAGUGGCGAAGACCAUCGCCUUUCUCGCCUCGUCAGACGCCUCCUUCAUUACUGGAGCCCAGGUGCCUGUGGACGGUGGAAGGCACGCCAUGUGCCCACGUUAAACGGCUUCGAUUCGAUUCCACCAGACGCCGACGAUCUUGCUGCGGCCUUCAAAGAGGGACUAUUAUCGACAAUACUUCACUAGGUGAAAAUCUG